GCGAAGGACGCAGGAGGCCGGCGCCUCGUCGCCGCAGGAGAGCCUUGGCCGGAGCCUCCCGAGCCGCGCAACAGGUGCCUGCCCGGGGGAUGCCAGCGUCGCCAGCCCGACAGCGAGCCCAGGCCGGCGGCUGCGGGCGGCAGCAACCCAGCGGCGGCGACUUGGAGCGGGAAACAGGCGCACCAUGAGCACCGGCACAGCUUCUCAACCACAGGCUGUGCACAGCCACUUGGAAAAGCCUUCUGGUGCUGCAAUCCUCUGCAAUAAUUGUGGAAAUCCAUGCAAAGGAGAGGUGCUAAGAGUACAAAAGAAGUAUUUCCAUAUUAAAUGUUUUGUUUGCAAAGCAUGCGGAUGUGACUUGGCUCAAGGAGGAUUUUUUGUAAGGCAAGGAGACUAUAUCUGUACUUUGGACUAUCAGCGCCUCUAUGGGACACGGUGCUUCAGCUGUGAUCAGUUUAUUGAGGGAGAAGUGGUUUCAGCACUGGGGAAAACCUACCAUCCAAAUUGUUUCGUGUGUGUAGCUUGCAGGCAUCCUUUUCCUCCUGGGGACCGCGUAACUUUCAAUGGCAAAGACUGUAUCUGUCAGAAAUGCUCUCUGCCACCUGCUGGAAGCAACAGCAAUUUUCCAGUCCUCCGAAAUUGUGGGAACUGUGGCUCUGAUAAAAAUGGACAGUCUUUGGUAGCUUUGGACAAACACUGGCACCUGUCCUGUUUUAAGUGCAAGAUAUGCGGCAAACUUCUGAAUGCUGAAUAUAUCAGCAAAGAUGGUGUUCCAUAUUGUGAAAUGGACUAUCAUGCUAAAUUUGGAAUAAGAUGUGACAAUUGUGAAAAGUACAUCACAGGAAGAGUUCUGGAGGCUGGAGAAAAGCACUAUCACCCAACUUGUGCACUGUGUAUCAAGUGCAAUCAGAUGUUUGCAGAAGGAGAAGAGAUGUAUCUUCAAGGGGCUUCCAUCUGGCAUCCCGCCUGCAGACAGGCAGCCAAAGCUGAAGAAAAAGCCAAGUUCCAGGAAACUAGAACAUCAUCUGAGAGCAUAAUUUCAGUACUGCUUAAUACUUCAAAUACUUCAGGUUCCCCAAGUCGAGUGAUUUAUUGCUCACUGGAAGGACAGAUCCUGAAGUGAAAUCCUGAUUACAGAGAUUUGGCUGCUCUUCCUAAGGAUAAAGCUAUCUAUAACAUAGACCGUCCAGAUAUGAUCUCCUAUUCUCCAUAUAUCAGCUAUUUGACAGAUGACAGACAUAGUUACGGGGAGGGUGACCAAGAUGACCGUUCUUUCAAGCAGUACAGGAUAUCCAGCCCUAGUUCUACUGGCUCACUUGGCUAUGGUCGCAACACCCCAACCUGCCACUCUCCUCAGAAUUACAGCCGACCAGCUGGUACUCAGACUCUUGGUACCAGUAGCUGCCUCUCCCUGCCCCAACACACAAGCCUUACAUCUACAUUCAGACAUCAUUACAUCCCUUUCUUCAAAGGCAGCGAAAGUGGUCGAAGCACUCCAAGCUUAUCCAUGUGCUCAGACAGCAAAUCUUCAUCAUCGCUAUAUCAGCAAGCACCUAGACAUUUCCAUGUCCCAGACACUGGAAUAAAAGAUAACAUCUAUAGGAAACCCCCUAUCUACAGACAGCAUGCAUCAAGAAAAUCAGAUGAUGACAGCAGUAGUUGUGAUCAAGACAGCAGGAAGCUAAAAUCAAGUUGGCUGACUUUGAAAGGGGAGGUGGAUGCCAGAACUAACUCUCCAGAUCUAGAUACUCAGUCACUCCCACAAAGUCCUGGAACCGACAGAGAGCUCCAGCGUUUGCACAAUAACGCCAACAGUACCUACUUACGAUUUCCAUAUUCCAAAUCUGCUUCUCUUCCCGACUAUGGAAAGAAUGGGUUACACCAUGCUGCAGAUAUGGCCCAGUAUGACACCGACCAGGAUUCUACUUGGGGAAAGAGAGAAUACAAGGUCUAUCCAUAUGAAACACUUAUUGUAACAAACAGAGUUCGAGUGAAGCUACCAAAGGAUGUAGACAGAACUAGGCUGGAGCGGCACCUGUCCCCUGAACAGUUCCAGGAAGUCUUCGAAAUGAGCAUUGAACAAUUUGAACGGCUUGCACUUUGGAAAAGAAAUGAGCUAAAGAAAAAGGCUCUGCUUUUCUAGCCUCCUGUAGACAAACUGAAAUGUGCUUAAUGAAAACAGAAGUGCACUCUUGCCACAGCUUAUCAUCUGCGCCUGCUGUUGACCCCUUUGUCUAGCUUCAUUGUGUUAGGGGUAGGGACAGAAAAUUGGAAAGAGAGAAAACCUGGCAUUUGCAUGACCCAGAGGAAUAUCGCAGUAGCUACUGGGUCUUCAAAAGUAUAUAACAAGCCUUGCUUUAAAGUAAUGAUUGCUUUAGCUGUUGCCUGUUGCAAAAAAGUAAUUUUAAAUAAGAAGGAAAUGUGUAGUUUUGACAAAAAAAGCGGCUACUGUUUUGUUUCUACAUUUUGCACUAGAGAGCAAAACCUGUACAAAAUCAGAAUAUGCUGAUGAAAAAAAUCUUCCCCAAGAGGGUAAAAAAUGUGCUACUUUGAAGCAAAUGUGAUAAAGGCCAAAGAAAAGCAUGUGAGAACGUCACUCUUACCAAUGUUUGUGUGCGACAUCUUUUUAGGAAUAAAAGCAAACCUAUAAUAAA